UUCCUGUAAACACAUGCAUAUUGAGAUUUGUGAUUUUCAUAUGUCCCUUGGUGAAGUUGAAAGUAACAGUGCUUUUUCUACUGUCUACAUGAUGGAUUAUUUGUUUAGUCUAAAAUGGAUAUUAGUACACUCAUGGUUCAUAAUUCAAUGAACUCAGAAAUGCAUCAAUGGUAUCUGUGCCCUUUUCUUCUUUAUUUUUUUGUCAUGUAACAAGCAAAGCUGGUCAAAAUUUAUAAAAAUUCUGGAAAAUCAUAUACAUACUGUUUGGAACUUAGAACUGGGUAUAUGGGAAAAGAAAGUGAGAAGGAAUGAAAAUCCUUUACCUUAUUUGUUUUCCUUCCUGCUUCAAUUUACAUUGUAUUGAAUUUUUUUUAUUUUUUUUAUUUUUAAGAAAUGAUGUGAAAUCAUGAAAACAAGUCCAUUAAAACACUUUUGGAAAAAUUUCUCACAUACUCUGUCAUAAAUUCUUUACAUUAUUAUUUUUCAUGAUCACCACUGUAUUACUGUAUAAUGAAGACAGCUAAAUAGUCGCAAAGAAAAAUUAUAAAGCGAAUGUUUUAAUAAAGUACUAGUAGUGCGUGUGCACCUGUGUACUGUUAAAACUGCAAGAAGUUAUAACUUUUAAUCUACACCAACUCAAUUGUAGGUUUUACGUAUAUUUGAAAUUUGUAGAUCAAAUUUGUUCUAAAUGUGUGCCACAUCUAAGAUGACUAUGAUCCACACAUCUUAAAUUCCAAAUUUUUUUUUUAAAAUAAACAAUUUCUGAGUACAAAACACAAUUAUUUUUGCAACAGAUAAAACGAAGUUAACUUGCUUUCCUUUCCCUAGUCUCACUUUUAUAGCUUUGCACUCAUUACUGGCAACCAUAUAUAUACACAUAUUCUGCGCCUUUAGAGCUACUGAUCCAUACUCAAGAAAGAAGAAUCAAGAAGAAUGUCUCAAAGCAGAGACACCAGCAUUCCUUUCAACAUAACCCUGGAACAUGUCCUGCCUCUGCCUCUGCCUCUGCCUCCUCGUGCUUAUCUUGCUAGAACUUCCAUGAAGACUGCUACUGAUAAAGAAGGGAAAAGGAGCAAGAAAGAACAAGUGGAAGAAGAAGAAGAGAAAGCAAAACAAGUCUCCAAAGAAGAAAAUGCCUCGUCUUCAACUCCAUUGUUGGAGGAGACUUCUACUGAAACAGAGGAAACUGCUACUGAAACUUCUAUCAAGAUUGCUACUGAUAAAGAAGGGAAAAGGAUCGAGAAAGAACAAGAAGAAGAGAAAGGAAAAAAAGUCUCCAAAGAAGAAAAUGCUUCUUCUUCAACUCCAUUGGAGGAGACUGCUACUGAAACAGAGGGAUCUGACAAAGGAAAUGUUGAUCUUCUACACUUAAACAAACUGACUACUCACGAUGAUGAUGAUGUUAUCCCACAAUCGAAACCUGGUGACUCAUCUGACAGAGCUGCUAUCAACGAAGAAGUCUGUGGAUUCGACAGGGAAAUUUUUCUCUUCGAGGUUCAGUUAACACGCAGCGAUAUUGAACACGAAAGGCUUUCCAUUCCUGCGGGUGGAGCAUUAAAGUAUUUCCCUCCUAUGGAGACUGUUAAACCAAAUUAUGAGCAGCAGAUAGAAAUUUACGACAAUGAGAAAGAAGAUUGGAAAAUGACACUCACUUACAAUCACCUGGAGCAGGCCUUUGUGAUCACAAGCGGGUGGCAAGGGUUUGUUGAUUGGCAUGAAUUGAAACCUAUGGAUGCAAUUCGCUUCUACAGAACUUUCUCCCAUUUGCAGAAUCCGCAUUUCCUGAUUGAAUUUGUCAUAGGAGAGGAAUCCAAGACCAACUACCUUAUUCAUGAAUUCAAGCAGAAAAAUUUUCUGUUUGAGCUGCAAUUGAGCCCUAGUGACAUCGGAGAUGGCGUGCUCAUCGUUCCUGAGGAAGAAGUGAGAAAUCAUUUCCAUGAAAUUAAUAUCCCUGCCGGAACUAAUGAGGUUGAGAGAAUGACCUUUACUGAUACUCAAAACGUGCAUUGGUGCAUGGAAAUCCUUUUCGAUGGUGCCUACAUGCUUGCUGAUGGGUGGGACGGGUUUGUCAAAGAGCACAAGUUGGAGGCCAUGGAUAUGAUUAGGUUCUACAAACCAGUCCGGCCUUUACAUGAGAAGCACUUCCUUAUUGAAUGUGUGAAAAGAGAGCAGGCUGCUUGUGGGACUAACCAGAUUUGGUUGGGUGGUGCAAAACAUGAUUGGGAGGAAACGGCUAUAUCUCCCAACUAG